AUUUGCUACGGGAGCCGGGAAGGGCCAGUCCUGUAGCUCCGCCUCUGAAGCCGCUCAGCCCGGGCGCUUGGGGAUAGGGGAAGCGGCUUGCUGAUUUUCUUGGCAGUCGAUCGCGGAGCACCAUGCAGGCGUUCCGGGGCAGUAUCCAAGCCGAGCCAGGCUGGUAUGUCUCUGCCCAGCAGCCGGAGGAGGCGGUGGCGGCAGAAGAGUGGAGUCCGUUGCUAAGCAACGAACCUCGAAGACAAGCAUCCCCGGGUGCUUCGUUUGGUCUCUCAGUCUUUAAUGUGAUGAACGCCAUCAUGGGAAGCGGCAUUCUUGGCUUGGCUUAUGUGAUGGCUAAUACGGGUAUCCUUGGAUUUAGUUUCCUGCUGCUCUCAGUCGCUCUCCUGGCUUCUUACUCAGUCCAUCUCCUGCUGGCUCUGUGCGUCCACACAGCUGUGACGUCUUACGAAGAUCUUGGACUCUUCGCUUUUGGAUUACCUGGAAAGGUGGUGGUGGCAGGCACCAUAAUAAUUCAGAAUAUUGGAGCAAUGUCUUCAUAUCUUUUAAUUAUUAAAACAGAGCUUCCUGCUGCUAUUUCAGAAUUUUUGCCUAGUGACCACAGUGGGUCUUGGUACCUGGAUGGACAGGUGCUGCUAAUUGUCAUCUGUGUGGGCAUUGUGUUCCCUCUCUCACUGCUUCCCAAAAUAGGCUUUCUUGGCUACACAAGCAGUCUAUCAUUUUUCUUUAUGGUGUUCUUUGCUCUUGUGGUGGUAAUUAAAAAAUGGGCUAUUCCUUGUCCUGUGACCUUAAAUUGCAUCAAUGCAGUCUUUCAGAUUUCAAACGCUACAGAUGACUGUAAACCAAAGCUCUUUCAUUUCUCCAAAGAGAGUGUUUACGCCAUACCAACCAUGGCUUUUUCAUUUCUCUGCCACACCUCAAUAUUGCCCAUAUACUGUGAGCUUCAAAGCCCUUCCAAGAAAAGGAUGCAGAAUGUGACCAACACAGCGAUUGCAUUGAGCUUCCUGGUUUACUUUGUGUCUGCACUCUUUGGCUACCUCACUUUUUAUGACAAAGUGGAGUCAGAAUUGCUACAAGGUUAUAGUAAAUACUUGCCACAUGAUGUUAUUGUCAUGGCUGUGAAGUUGUGCAUACUAUUCGCUGUGCUUCUGACAGUCCCUCUAAUCCACUUCCCUGCCAGAAAAGCUUUAAUGAUGAUACUUUUCUCCAAUUAUCCGUUUUCCUGGAUUCGGCACUCCCUGACCACAGUGGCGCUCAACAUCAUCAUCAUUGUACUUGCGAUAUAUGUUCCUGACAUUAGGAAUGUAUUUGGUGUAGUUGGUGCCAGCACAUCCACGUGCUUGAUUUUUGUGUUCCCAGGGUUAUUUUAUCUUAAACUCAGCCGAGAGGAUUUUCUGUCCUGGAAAAAGCUUGGGGCUUUGUCCCUGCUGGUCACAGGCACUGUGCUUGGAAGCUUCAGUUUAGUACUCAUCAUCUUUGACUGGGUCAACAAAUGAAAAAAGAUGUUUUUAUUAUGAUGAAUAAUAUACUUCUCUAAACAAGAAGGGAUCAUUACGGAAGGCGCCAUAUGUGAAAAUGACACUCUCAGGAAAGUUGUGAACAGAAAACCAGACAGAACAGCAGCAGGAACUUAGCCAUUUUAAUUUUAACCAAAAUCAGAAAUACUCAAAAUACUUGAAAUGUUCUUAAAUGCGCAGAGUCACUCUUUUGUUUGGGAGUUUUGUUUUCUGUUUUGUUUUGUGUUUGAGGCAGGACCUAGCUGUGUAGACCAGGCUAGCCUUGAACUCACAGCAAUCUGCUGUUGGGAAUUGGUUCUAAUUCUUUGUCUUCUCUCCCACCUCCCAGACAGGGUUUCUCUGUAUAGCCCUGGCUGUCCUGGAACUCACUCUGUAGACCAGGCUGGCCUCGAACUCAGAAAUCCACCUGCCUCUGCCUCCCAAGUGCUGGGAUUAAAGGCCUGCGCCACUACUGCCCUAGGCUUUGUCUUAAUUUGGUUCCCAGAGCCUAGCUUCCAGGCCCGAGGGUCCCUGUCCUCAGCUGGCUUCUAUUGAUAAUAAAGGACUGCCAUACAGCCAAUGGCUGGACAGAAAGGUGUGGGCGGGACUUUUAGAUUGUUCUGACAAGGGACAGAGGGGGGAGAAGAGAGGGAUCAGAUUUCAGAGCUACAGGGAAAAAAAAAAAAUCAACCUGCCUAGUAGGUGGAAAGAGAAAGCAGCCCUGGGGGUGGGGGCGGAGUGGGGCUGCCCAAUAAGUAACAAGGCAGCAAAGAUAAAACAUAGAUUUAGAAGGUGUUAAGCCAGGAAUGCCGGAGGGAAAUGUAUGCUAGCCUCAGAUAGGACUAGAAAUGCCCAGCCAUUGAGCUAGUUAAGGCAUAUGGAAAUUAGCUGGAACUUAGACUCCAGAGAGCUCCUGGGCAGGCACAGCUCUAGUGAGGCCUGCCAGGAGCCAAAGCUGGUUAACCAAAUCACUGCUAUAGUAUGCCUGCUGCUCUCCUGGCAAGCGCUGGGGUUCAGAGCUGUGCCACCAUGCCUGUGCCCGGCAUUUGUGACUUUAAAAAAAUAAGUAGCCUCUAUUUUUUUAGAGUAGUUUUACAUUUCCAUAUAUUGAGCAAAUUAAAUGGGGGAUUACAUGUAACUCCUUACUCCAACUCUGUAGCUCUCCCUGCUGUGAAUGCUUUGUGUCGGUGUGACACGUGUUACAACCAGGGAUGCGAAAGUCCGUGGCUGAUAUUAGGGUUUAUUCUUGGCCACUACUGAUCCUCCUACCUACCAGAAUGCCAUGAUUGGGAUCAUGUAGGACCGAGUGUCAUUUUCAGAGUGACUUCAUUGAUUUAAUAGCUUGUUUCAUUUCAGUACUGAGUAAUGUCCCGUUAUAUGGAAGUACCAUGUUUGUUGAUCCACUCACCUCACGGAAGACCUUUCUACUACUUCCAAGUUUUGCCAGCCAUCAAUAAAGGUGCUAAAAAUG